AUGGCGCAAGUUAUUUCCAACUCUGGCCACGAUGACAUGAUUCACGAUGCUACCCUUGACUACUACGGGCGGCGACUAGCCACAUGCUCAUCAGACAAAACAAUCAAGAUUUUUGAGGUUGAAGGGGAAACACAUAGACUGGUUGAUACUUUGAAAGGACACGAAGGUGCAGUAUGGUGUGUGGCUUGGGCACAUCCGAAGUUCGGCACAAUCCUAGCAUCCUCUUCCUACGAUGGCAAAGUCUUGAUUUGGCGCGAACAGCCUUCCAGUGCCCCAACCAACGGCAGCCCGUGGACAAAGGUCUUUGACUUUUCUCUCCACACUGCAUCAGUGAAUAUUGUGUCAUGGGCCCCGCAUGAAAGUGGUUGUGUUCUUGCUUGCGCCUCCUCGGAUGGUCAGGUCAGCGUGCUGGAAUUCCGGGACAAUAGCUGGACUCAUCAAAUGUUCCAUGCUCACGGCAUGGGUGUUAACGCUGUAAGCUGGGCACCGGCUGCGUCUCCAGGCAGUCUCAUAAGUGCGAAUCCCGGACCGGGUCAACAACGAAGGUUUGUUACUGGUGGAAGUGACAACCUCGUCAAGAUUUGGGAUUAUAGCCCCGAGUCAAAGUCAUACAACCCCGUCCAGACCUUAGAAGGACAUACGGAUUGGGUGCGAGAUGUGGCUUGGUCACCCAGCAUUCUUUCUAAGUCGUACAUUGCCUCGGCUUCACAGGAUAAGACUGUUCGGAUUUGGACAUCCGACGCCUCAGCCCCUGGCCAGUGGACGAGCACCGUGCUCGAAUUUGAUUCGGUUUUAUGGCGAGUCAGCUGGAGCCUGAGCGGUAACAUCCUCGCUGUGAGCGGAGGCGACAAUAAGGUGACAUUGUGGAAAGAGAAUCUCAAGGGCGAGUGGGAGAAAGUGAAAGACAUUGAAGAUUAA